GAGCGACAGGUCUCGGGCCCCCAGGCGGAGCGACAGGUCUCGGGCCCUCAGGACGGAGCGGCGGGCGCCGGACCCCCAGGCGGAGCGACAGGUCUCGGGCCCUCAGGCGGAGCGGCGGGCGCCGGACCCCCAGGCGGAGCGACAGGUCUCGGGCCCUCAGGCGGAGCGGCGGGCGCCGGACCCCCAGGCGGAGCGACAGGUCUCGGGCCCUCAGGCGGAGCGGCAGGCGCCGGACCCCCAGAUGGAGCGACAGGUCUCGGGCCCUCAGGCGGAGCGGCGGGCGCCGGACCCCCAGAUGGAGCGACAGGUCUCGGGCCCUCAGGCGGGAGCGACAGGUCUCGGGCCCCCAGGCGAAGCGGCGGGCACCGAGUCACCAGGCACGACAGUGGGCACCGAGUCGUCUGGCAAGACUGCGGGCACCGAGUCGUCUGGCAAGACUGCGGGCACCAAGUCGUCUGGCAAGACUGCGGGCACCGAGUCAACAGGCACGACAGUGGGCACCGGGUCAUCAGGUAUCGGAUUGUCUGGCUCGACAGCGGGCAUCGGGUCACCAGGCAUCAGGUCAUUUGGCUUGCCAGCGGGCACCGCGUCAUCUGGCAAGGCAGUGGGCACCGGGUCACCAGGUAUGACAGCGGGGCUCUGAGUCAAUUGGCACGACAGCGGGCACCGGAUCAGGUACCGGAUCAUCUGGAUCAACAGCGGGCAUCGAGUCAACUGGCCUAAUAGGAUCAGAGGCAUCGGCUGAAGAGAGGCAUCAGGGCUGAAGAGAGGCAUCAGGCUGAAGAGAGGCAU